AUGAGCGGUUGCGGUACUGCUGACAAUCCUGUUUGCAUCGAGGAAUACAGCUACGAUGGCAAACCCGAGCAGAUUAUAGGUCUCCUCCUAAGGGGAACCCCGACAGAGCGCGGCAAAACGUACGGACUAUGGUUGAGAGAUGAGAUCAGGGCGAAUGUCACCCGGCACAGAGGGCACCCGCAUUUGCCGUCGUGGAGCUUUUGCAUCGACAUGGCGAAAGUGCACUACAUACCCGGCCUAAAGAAAUACUGGCAGAGUGGGUGGAUGGAACUGCAGGGAAUGUCGGAAGGCAGCGGCGUCCCCAUAGAAGACUUGGUUGUCCUUAACGCAUGGGAUGACCUCGCGGCGCUCCAGAUUCCGCUCGCGGAACGCACGAGUGAAAGCACCACCGCCUUCUUUUCCAAGCGGGCGACGGCCGACAAGGUCCCCAUCCUUGCGCAUUCGUGGAGCUCUUUGGCGUACCCGGCGGACGCGGAACUCCUAGUCUGCCUCGAGAUCCAAUACAACCCCUCCGAAGAGAAGCCCAACAUCUUCAUGGUGACCGAGGCGGGCAGGAUCAGCGGCUGCGGCAUGAAUGCAAAAGGCGUGGCGGCGACGGGCAACUGGCUGCUCUCGACGGACGACAUGAGCCUCGGAAAGAAUAGCAAGGAGUUUCCCAUGACGUGCUUCGAGCGCUUCGUCCUUGAGUAUGCUAGCGUCAAUGGAGCGCGAGAUGUCGUGGAUGAGACCUCCCGCCACAGCUCGAGGCAUAUUCUCGUCGCGGACGGAGCUGGAUGUUCAGCUUCUCUGGAGGUCGGCCCGGAGCACAUUUUCUUCCACGGCGGCGAGUUCGGCAGCAGGGCAAUUGUGCAUGUAAACCACUUCCAGUCAUUCGAUGCAUUCUCCUGCCGCCGCGAGAUAAAGGAUCGGUACGAGGGCAAAUACAGCCAGUUCAGGCUCUCCCGAUUCAGCGAGCUCAUCAAGCGGAACGAUGCCGAUGUGUCCAUGCAGCAGAUCAUGGGCAUGUUCUCAGACCAUGAAGGUAAACCGGAGAGCAUUUGCGAGCACGGGGAUAACUUCUUGAGCCCCACGACGAUGGCGUUCGUCGUGUUCGACAUGAAACGGCGGGUGAUUUCGGUGUGCAAAGGACCCCCGUGCGAGGGCGCCAUGUCGCACUUCACCUUCAGCAGGGAGGAGCACAGCAGGGAGGAGCACGGCAGGGAGGGGCACUGCAGGGCCAACAAGAAGAAACCGGGACACGCCUACUAUGGUGAUAUGGACGACAAGAUGUUUCAGUCGGAGCUCGACAAACUGAUGGCGGCUGCGAAAGCGGAUGCCGCCCGCGAAGGCGGUGCGAACAUGCCGCUCACCAACGGCCCCGUUAGCGAGGCUGCCCGCUCUCCGCCCCUAGCUCCAGUUCGGCAGGACCUUGUCACGAUAGCCGCACAGGGCCUCAUGGCCACGGAUAUGGACUGGGACGACACGCCGCCCCCGGCCUCUGACUCUCCCCAGGCUCCGUCUCGGGAUCGGGCUGCGUCUCCAACCAAGGGCGUGUUGGCACCGCCUGGCGGAGAUAGGAGCAAGCUAGGGUCGAGCGACCAAGAGAACCCCAAGCGCAAGACACCACCAACCUCGCCGGUAUCCGAGAUAUCUUCACUUCAGGCGCUACUCGGUUCGGUUUCGAGCGGGAACUUGGAGAACCAAGAGAGUGGUCGUCCGGAGAAGAGGACCAAGUUCUGGGAUCCGGCUAGGGAUGAGGUGCAGAAUUAG